CGCUUGCCAAAAUAAAAGAUGGCGUCGGCUGACUCGCAGCCGCGGUUCGGUCAGUCUGUUAAAGGUUUAUUAUCCGAUAAAGUUGGCUCAUGUAGCGGCGAUGUGAUCGCUCUGACCCGCCAGGUGUUAAAAGGAUCCCGUAGCCAAGAGCUUCUUGGGCAAGCAGCAAGGAAUAUGGUCCUUCAGGAGGACGCCAUUCUGCACUCUGAAGAUAGUCUGAGGAAAAUGUCUAUUAUCACCACACAUUUACAAUACCAGCAGGAGGCCAUUCAGAAGAAUGUGGAGCACUCGAAAAACCUACAGGACCAGCUGAGCCACCUGCUGAAGUGAGAGGACACUGGACUGACCAUGAGGAGUCCAGUGGUCCCACUGUCUGGAAGCUGCACUGUUUUAUACAUUCGUCCACUGCUGGCCUGGACUGAAGGGACCGGCACGUUCUGUUAGU